AGGAACUAGCAGAAAAUCUUACAACACAGCUGGCCGAGGAGACACGCAGCUACACAGCUUUUUCAUUAGCUGUUGAUGAAAGCACAGAUAACACGGACACAGCGCAGUUAUCAAUUUUUAUUAGAGGCGUAAAGUCGGACCUCUCUAUCACUGAGGAGCUGUUGGAUGUGGCUGCAAUGCAUGGGACCACGACGGGACAGAACAUUUUUGAUGCGGUAGAGAAGUCCGUAAGUAAAAAUGCAUUGCAGUGGGAAAACUUGGUAGGAUUAACUACAGACGGUGCACCGGCAAUGUGUGGAGGAAAAGUGGGCUUGGUUGGACUAAUGAAGGGGAAAAUGCAAAAAAUGAACUGUCACACGCCUUUGAUAACGUAUCAUUGCAUUAUCCAUCAAGAAGCUUUGUGUGGGAAGGUGCUGGGGAUGGAGGACAUUGUGACCACAGUCAUGAAAACAGUGAACUUCAUUCGGGCGCGUGGCCUGAAUCACCGUCAGUUCCAGCAGUUUUUGCUGGAGAUGGGCUCGGAACACGGGGAUGUGCUGUACCAUACAGAAGUGCGGUGGCUGAGUAGGAGCAAAGUCCUCAAGCGAUUUUUCGAGCUCAGGAAAGACAUUGCUCUUUUUAUGCAGAGUAAAGGAAAACUCAUGUCUGAACUAUCAGAUCCAAAGUGGAUGUGUGACUUUGCUGUGUUGUGUGACAUAACCGACCAUCUCGCCCAGCUGAAUCAGAAGCUGCAGGGACGCAAACAAGUCAUCACGCAGAUGUCCGACACGAUCACGGCUUUCCAGCGUAAAUUGGACUUAUGGAUGUGGCAAGUGAAACAGGACAAUCUUGUUCACUUUCCUGUUUGUCAGAGCAUGUCAGCCUCAUUUCCCGAGACUUUUUCAUGUGCUCAGUUGGCUACCAAACUGAGCUGGUUAAAGACUGAGUUUGAUCGGCGCUUCUCUGACUUCAGAGCACAACAGUCUGGCUUUGACAUCUUUGCCAAUCCUUUCACCACCGAUGUCUGCACUGCACCCCAACACCUUCAGAUGGAGCUAAUUGAGCUUCAAAGCGACAGUGGCCUGAGAGCAAAGUUUCAGGAUGCUACAAUCCAGGACUUUUACCGUCUGCUGCCUCCUGGUUUGAUGCCACAGCUUCGACUUCAUGCUGCCCGUGUUCUGUCCAUGUUUGGGAGCACCUAUCUGUGCGAACAGUUUUUUUCCAUAAUGAAUCUGAACAAAAACAAGCACAGAUCACGCCUCACGGAUGACAACCUCCAUGCUGUUCUACGCAUUGCCUCAGCACAGGACCUAAAACCAGACAUUGACACACUGGUAACGGGAAAACGGUGUCAGACAUCUGGUCAGAAAACACACAGAACAUGAUCAAUCGAUAGUAGAGAGAGAAUCCACUUGGUGUGUUCAAGGACAGGCAGCAUCUCCUCAUCAAAGACUAACCGAAAAACUUGACCAAUAUAGUUGUGAACUGAGUCAACCUUUAUUUUGGUAUUUUUAGUUGAUUACAUAUUAUUUAUGUGUAGCUGCUGUAGUAAUUAUUUAAUGUUUGCAGGUUUAUGUGUGUAUGCAGACAAAUUGUUGUCAUCAAACCAUCAGUUGGGUGCACGGCUGUGUGCAGCCUUUUUUUGUAAAAUGCUACAUGUGUCAUACAUGUUCU